AUGGCCCAAACUGUGACAACAUCUUUGGAGUCUGUCCAACCAGAUCCUGCAGCUCAAUUUAUGACGGCGACUCAGCUAAUUUACGGAGUUCCGUCAAUUACACUAAUGCUAUUUUUUCUAUUUUAUCUUGGAAAUUCGAAAAUCUAUACAAACUCUUUUUAUAGGAUUGUUCAAAUUAGUUUGCUAGUGAAUAUUUCGUGCUUUGCCAACACCUGGUUUGCAAUUCGUCUGGAAAAGCAUCCCAGUUGCAUUUUCAUGCUAAAAUGGAUUGAAACUUUUCUGCCAGGCGCUCUAACACUUGCAAAAUAUCAUGCUUAUUGGUUUAUGCAUAUGCAGUUCCUGACAACUGCAAUUUUAAGUGUUCAUCGGAUACUUACAGUAAUGUUUGCCGGGAAAUUUGAAAGGUUUUGCUACCGAUGGUACCCGGCAAUUGGAAUAUCCAUGUUUGUAUACAGUCACCUCCCGAAAUUAUUAUGGCCCGGGUUCACGUUUGAGGUGCAUAUUGUUAAUGGAACACUUAUGAAAACUAGAUUCAACUUGGUUUACGUAAAUGCAAUUAAUAUUAAUGCAAUAUUUUCUUCGAUAUAUUUCAUUUUAAUCUUGACAAUUGGAAUCGCUACGGUGGUUUUGGUGACAAAAAAGUUAAAAGCUGUCAACCUUCCAACCGACCGAAUUUCCAAAAAACUUACACGCUUGGCCCUGGUCUACUGCUUUUUGUACACUGGGAUUUUGCUGUGGAGCGUGAUUGCUUCUAUCGACUCGAGUUUCCCAUUUCUUCCAGCCUUCAUUGUCAAUCACAAUUUCACACUUCUCACUUAUCUCUCAGAUAUUAUGACAUUAUCCCUUCCAUAUAUUCUCAUAGCAUUUGACUCCAACAUUCAGCAACAAGUGUUCAGAAAAAAGAGACGGGUUAUUUCUGUAGUGGCGACUAGUGCGAUGAUGUCAUAA